AUGUCACGCGAAAUUCAACAGGAACUUAGAUUUUUUCAUACUUCAAAAAAUAAGACUUAUCAUAUAAUAUGUCAAUUGAUUUCACAAGAUUACAUUCCCUCAAAUGAUUUCGAUCAUCACUUUUUUUUAUUAAUUUUUGGAGUAAAUUAUUUCGUUACUUGUAAAUUAUUUUCACAACCUUUAGUCGCGAAUAUAUUAAAUCAAGUAAUUUAUGGCAGAAAAAUUGAUGUAGAAAAUGCAAAAUUUAUUCAAUAUUCAUUAACUAUUAGUCAAAAGAAAAAUCUUGAAAUUGACCUUAAGGAAAUUAUAUCUUCACGAAUUUCAGAAAAUCAACUUCCUGAUGAAGAAACGGGAGAAAAUUUGGACCAAACUUAUGACGGAGAUAGUGAAUGCUCUGAAGAUGAUGACUCUUUCGAAGAUGACUCAUCAUCAUAUAACACCGAAGAUGAAAUAAGAUUUAAUUCCGAUGGAACCACGAACCAAAACCUUGAUGGAAAUGACGAAUGUUCCCCUAUUGAAGAUCCGAUUCCUGAACAUGAAAUGAGGUCAAGUUCUGAUGGAAAUAUUGAAGAUACGAACCAAACUUACGACGGAAUUGACGAAGAUAAUAUUUUAUUUAUUCCUUAUGAUGCUUAUGAUGUCGUUCUUCUAGAUUUCCAAAGUACGCUCUAUGAUGGUAAUGAAUUUUAUGAAAAUGAUGAUAUCAUGCAAGCAGUUGAUGUGGUGCAUCCGCAGCAUGAUAUCAACGGUCCCCAAUAUUUUAAUUAA